UGGCGCGUUUUGUGGGGGUGAGCGCGCGACUGGGAGCCUGGGAUUUAAAAGGCGCAAAAUUCGAAACCGCACAGAGAGAGCUCGUGCUGCACGCCGCCCGUUACCGAGGCGACAGUAACGGAUAAUAACGGAGCUGUUUUGGGCUCAACUACUGCUCACAGAAAGCCAGCGAUGAACACCUAACCUGCCUGCUGAACACUCACUAAAGGAGCUGCUGGAGACACCCAGCACACUACAGAGGCGAGCUUUAGCAGUCUACAGAGACCUUGUUUAACACAACUCUGUGCUAGUAGUUACUGGUAAUUCUGAGGUGAAUAAUCCACCACCUGCAAGUUCAGUGAGUCAUGGAGAGUGCUGGUCGGAUGAAAUCCUUAAACCUCCUGAAACCCCACUGCCCCAGCACACACAUGGACUUGUACACUCCCAGGAUAGAGAGGAGUAAAACUACACAUGUGGAUCUAGACACCCCAAGGGGCAAGUGGGGGAGCAUAGAGCGCAGUCAAGUCUCUGUUUGUUUAGACAGUUUGCUUGAUACACCAAAGGAAAACUUUGAGCUGAGCUCAUCUUUGAGUUUGCACAAAUGUGAGAGACCCAAAGACUUGGAAAAGGACCUCAAGAAAGAGCAAGUGCUGCAGACAGGUUUGUGGGAGACGCCUAAAGUAACUAAAAAGAGCGUUUCACUGCGCAGACGUCUCCUCAUGUCCAAAUCUGCCACAGAUGGUAAAAAAACACCAGGCUGCAGGGAAUCUCGUCUACAAGGACAUGUAGGCAUUGCAAACUUUUACUCUCCAGACAUGAGUCCAACAAUGCCUCUGUCCUACAGCACUCUAAAGGCUGAUUCCAUGGCCAUUUGUUGCAGACAACGACAGCACAUGUUUUCUCAAGCGAUAACUUCGACUCUUGAAGGUAGUAGAAGUGGAGGGAACAGUCCUGUGCUGCGGAGUGGAGGUUCCUUCUCAGAACACGAUCUUAAUGAGAGCAUCAUAUCGGGGCUGCUUGUUUCAGAGAUGCCUGAGACGCCCCAAAGUGGUAAUUUUGCACCUUUAGCAAAGGAAAACUUCCAGACCCCCAUUAACAAUUUGGCUGCAAACCUUUGCGAGAGUUUAAGUGUCCUAAGCACGCCUUCACACACACCAAUCUCCAAGCUAGAUGCUAAUGCUUCAGAAGACAGUGGCUUCAGCUCUCUAGGUCUGGAUAAAUCUCAGGACUCUUCCAUAGAUGAUGGCUCUUUUCAGGAGAUGAUGCAGCCAUGGGCAUCCCACAGCAAAGAGAAGAGGCGUUCACGGCUGGAUCGACAGCGAAGGCUGUCCACACUAAAGGAGGGGGGAUCCCAGUCAGAGGAAGACCACCGAGCCCAGCAGGUGGCAGCACAGCACAUGAAGGAUGAAGAUGUUUUCCUGGAGGCAACUCCAGUGGGAGCAGCUAGUGUGAAGCUGCAAGACCUGUCUUUGACCCCAGCCCUCCAGAUGGUGCAUGCCAUGAGCCAGCGCAGCACGCGCAUUCUGACCAAGCACCCCAGUCUGGAUGAGCUGCUCCGGGUCUCAACUCUAGAAGGACCCAUCGAAACUACACUGCCCCUCUCUGGCCUCAUUGGUAGGAAAAUGGGUCUGGGGAAGAUGGACAUCCUCACUGAACUUAGCAAGAGGAACCUCCGCCAUGUACUAGCAAUCAUUCUUAAGCUCCUGUCCUCACAGGACAUUUACAUGUGUGGUCAGGUGUCUGAGGCUUGGGGUGACAUUAUCAUGCAAGAUAAAAGAGCUUGUCGCAGGAAGAAGUUGUAUGAGCGAGAGAUGAAAAUUGCACUUGAGAUGGGUAGUGCGGCCAGAGUUCCAGAUGCUGAGACCAGGUUGAACCUGGCGUGCCGAUCUGCUCUGAGCAGCGUCCAGGCCCAAGCUAAAACACCAAUCAUGAGCGCACACACUCCUGCUGCCAGACGCACUUACACCCCCUUACAGCACAUGACCCCUCAAUCCAGCACCAAACGUCAGGAGUUUCUACAGGUGGCCAAGACCCUGUUCAGUGACGAGUGUCUAAAGCCCUGUCCUCGCUGUCAGCACCCGGCUCGUUGUCAUUCUGCACGUGGAGAGGGUGUUUGUAGCUGGGCCGACUGUCUAUUCCACUUCUGUACCUCCUGCCUGUGCUCCUAUCAUGGCUCACGAGACUGUGCUCACCUGACUAAACGCAGGAGCAGGAAGGAUCUUCUGCCUGGCAGUGCCCAGAGCAAGCGCAAUGUGAGGAGAUUGUGAGUGUUUUGUAGAAAUGUGGGAUCUUGUAUGUCAUGUUUUUUAUUUGAUUUAAUUUUUUUAAUUAUGAAUUUCUGAGGGGAUUGCUGUGACCUCAGCAGUUGCAGAAAUGAACUUUGCACUCCUCAAUGCACUGAUUUAUGUACAGGUGUCUCUCUUUUUCUGAAUGCAUGCGCUUCUGUGUAUAUGCCUGUAUGUGUACAUAUUGUUGUUAACUCUUCUACUGUUUUUAUACAUCAUUUUAAUAAAGCCUUUUUAUUAUCUGAAAGUCUA